UCCAUUACAGCUGGCCCUUUAACAUAUGUAUGUAUAUGUUUAAACCAAAACAAAUGAACAAAAACAAAUGAACUAAAUUAAAAUUAUUGCAAAAGUUGAAGUACGAUAUGUCCUCUUUACUGGGGCGCAUUUGUCGCACCUGCCUCUUGGUAUCACCCGAAAUGUACAAUUUCCAAGAUAUGAAGGAUGGAAAUCGAAUAAUAGAUAUGCUGAAUCAAAUUGUUACCAUUGAUGUAUUCUGUGAAGAUGACUUGGAAACAUCAUUGCCUAGAGAAAUUUGCUUGGAUUGCUGUGAAAAGUUGCAUAUAUCACACAAUUUUCAGCAGAUGUGUAUAGUCAAUAAUAAAAAAAUACGAAGUCUCAUUAGGAAUCAAGAGGUGGAGAAACUAUGCGAUAUAGAAUCAAAGGAAAGUGCGAAAGAUUUUGGAAAAAGCCGCUAUGAAAACAAGGAUCGCUUUAAAUUGGAAGACAAUAUUAAAGGCAAAUAUGACAACAUUGUAAAUGUUCGUGGUGGAUUGAUUUGCUUAAAAUUGCAGCCUAAAAACAGGCAAGAACAACAAGACAUUAGCGUGAACAAUUCAAGGACAGGAAUGACUGACAACAAUGUAGAAAGUGAAGAGGAUGAGGACAAUGUACCACUUAGUGUGCUUCGCAAUCGCGAAGAUGAAGGCAAUAGCGAAAUUGUUCAUAGGACAUCUGAUUCUCAUAAUAAAGAUAAACAAAAAUUUAUAAACAAAUGCGAUUUAUGUGUGAAAGAGUUUUCUUCAAACAAAUUGUUGCAAAAACAUAAACGAAGUAAACAUGUACAAAACCCAACUUCUGUCAAAGAAAAACAUACAAAUAAUAUUUCAACGAAUAAUGGACACAUUCAGGAGUUCUUGGACAGCAAUGACGAUGACAUGACUAUUGUUUGCAAUAGCGAGUUUGAUGAAAUGUCUGCUAGCGAAGAAGAGGACCACACUUUGGUUAUAGAAAAAAAUGCUGCUCUACCCCAUAACUAUCCUUGCACAGAAUGCCAGGCAUCAUUUCGUUUUCAGAAGCAAUUGGAAAGACAUAUUAAAAAGCAUAAUGAAGCUCAUCGUUUUGUUUGUAUAACCUGUAAUGAUCGCUUCAAAUAUCCCUUUAUGCUAAAGAAGCACAUCGAAACGCAUCAUCAAUCUGAAAAGUCAAAAUCAAAAAUAACAAAACUGAAGAAAGAUAAUGUGGAAAAACCGCAUGAAUGCAAAUAUUGCCCUUCAGCGUAUACAAAUGUAGGGGGAUUGGCACAACACAUGAGCAAAAAGCACCCAGAAAUAGUGCCAUUUAAGUGUGACAGAUGCGAGAAAACAUUUGUAGUUGAAGAACACUUAAAAAUUCACACCAAUAGGCACAUGGGUAUCAAAAACUUUAAAUGUGAGCUGUGUGAAAAAUCAUUUUCAUUUAAAUUUGCUAUGAAACAGCAUAUGAGAAUCCAUACGGGAGAUUUAAAUUACUUAUGUACUUUAUGCGGCAAAAAGUUCUAUAGACCAAGUAAUUUAAGGCAACACAUGCAAAGGCAUGGAGACGAGAAACCUUACACUUGUCCCAAUUGUCCUAAACGUUUUAAAUGUCCCUCUGAUCGGUAUAUACAUUUAAUGACACAUCAGGAGGGAAAAAAUCAUGUGUGCUCAACAUGUGGUGCUAGAUUUUCCAGAGUAGAUACUUUGCAGCAACAUCAAAUACUACAUACGGGGCAAAAACCAUACAAAUGCGAUCAGUGUCCAAUGGCCUUUCCCCGCCUAAUGAAUCUUAAUCGCCAUUUACGCACACAUACCGGAGAAAAACCGUACAAAUGCAAGUACUGCAAUAAAUCCUAUGCACAAAGUAAUGAUUUAAACAAGCAUUUAAGGACUCAUCUUGGUGAAAAUACUUACAUUUGUACACAAUGUCCGGCGGCAUUUAAAUAUCAGGCAGACUUAAAAACCCAUGUUGGCGAACAUUAUCGUAAACAAAAGGAAGAGGAACAACGCAGUAACGCAGGAAACUCCUCCAAUGAAACCACAAUCAAUAACACAGCAGAGUGCAAUGAAUAAAUGUUCAAUAUUGGUAAUUUA